AUGGCUAGGGUUGCCUCGAUAAUGAUAUUAGGAGUCCUUAUGGCUGUGUGGGCUACAGCCACCGCAACUUCCAGCCCAUCUCGGUCCUCGGCUGCUGCUCUCUCCUCGCUGGGGGUUUCUCUCCCGCCUGGCGAGGUUCUCGUCGGAAAUGCCGGGUAUACCUGUAGCCUCUUGAGUCGUGUCUUUCCCAAGAAUGAGACAUUUACAGACACCUCACCCUACUAUGACGUUUUGAUUGACGAAGCCUGGUCACAGAAUUGCCGAUUGAAUGCGUCCUGCGUUGUGACGCCUGACUCCGCCCAUGAGGUCUCGCGCCUAUUGCAAAUCCUCAGUAUUCUGGACACCAAGUUUGCCAUUCGGUCCGGUGGACACAAUACUAACCCGGGAUUCAGUUCGAUCGAUCACAACGGAGUCCUAAUCGCUCUUGAGAAGUUGAACACCAUUUCCAUAAGUUCUGACCGUGGAACUGUCACUGUCGGGCCUGGUAAUAAAUGGGAGUCCGUAUAUAAUUACCUCCAGCCAUAUAAUGUCACAGUCUUGGGUGGCCGUGCAGCGGUUGUAGGCGUUGGCGGGUACAUCCUCGGUGGUGGCACUUUCUACAACACCCAUGGGUUGGCUAUUGACAGCGUCACUCGAUUCCAAGUGGUCCUUCCCAAUGGAAAUAUUGUCAAUGCUACCGCAACCGAGCAUGCCGAUCUAUAUAAAGGCCUGAAGGGAGGUCUAAGCAACUUCGGUAUUGUGACUGAAUAUGACCUCACUACAAACACCGGCAUCGAUGUCUUGUACCACAUAAACACCUAUACUAUCGCCAACACACCUGCCGUGUUUGCGGCCUACGCGACAUAUCUUUUGGAUGCAGAUAUCAACAGCAACAUAGAGAUCCAGGCGAACCCCAACUUCACCUUGGUCUUCUUCGGCUAUCUUGGCCAUGUAUCCACGCCCGCAGCCUUUGACCGAUUCUCUGACAUACCUGUGGCCUCUACGAUGUACCCACCGACAAAUGGCUCACUCAGCGACCUUCUCCUCACCAUUGGCUCUGCCGGACUCACUUCCGAGGGCGUAUCCUACGGCGGUACUUUUACAUUUAAGGUGACAGGGCCGACCUUUCUACAGGACACGUACUCGAACUAUCUAGAGGCUGCUGCCUCUCUGACCUCGGGGGUAGUACUAUCUUAUGUGCCUCAAGGUGUCAUUCCGAACUUGGUGACCCAAGGCAAGUCACAAAAUGGAGGAAAUUUGCUAGGUCUGGAGGCCACACCUCAACUAUUGUCAUAUUCAGGGGUGAAUAUAUUCGCCCAAUUCCCAGUGACAGUCAACCAAAAGGUGGUAAUGCGUGCGGUAGACACACUGCUAGCCAGCCUCACCUCCAGUGCAAAAUCUCGGGGUCUUUUCCUCCCUUACAUUUUCGUCAACGACGCAGGUCCCAGCCAGAAGCCGCUGCAAUCUCUUGGGGAAAGGAAUAUCAAUUACAUUGACACAGUAGCAAAACGGUAUGACCCCGAAGGAGUCAUGCAAAAGCUACAGAACCAGGCAUACUUUGUUUCGAAGGAGUUAUGA